AUGGGCCGUAACCAGGUCUACUGCUGUAUCUGCGGAGGCCCGUUUUUAGAAUCUGGUACCCGUGAAAAUGAGCCGGGCGAAUGGCUAUGCCAUCCAACACUUUGGACUACUGUCCAUAAUGCAAAAGACGGCCCCGAGUCAGACAUGUACAAGUGGGAAUUAGGCAUGCAUACCUACCUACCUUAUGACCUUGUCGAUCCGGUUGAAGAUUCCCAAAGACGAGUGUUGGAGCAGGAGGCCACAUAUCAGGAGCAUAACAUGUUUUUGAUCUCAGAAUCAGGUGAAAAGGUCCCCGCCUUUCACGUUGUUGGCAAUGAGAGCGCUCUAUACCUCGCUGCUCAUGGCAAGUGUUCCCAGCUGGUCCAGCGCUUUAUCAGCAGCAGACCCGAAACCCACGACGUAUUCCAGAUUAGCGACAAAGAUGAGAUCUCUUCCGUCAAACAACUGUGGCAAGUCAUCUUUACUCGGAUACCGGCAUCUGGGCGUGGGUUUGCCUAUAAUGUAGAUCACCCGACCCGAUAUUACGGCAUUACUUCUCUUCAUUUGACAGAGUGGGAGCCAGAUAAUAACCCGUUGGCUGGUGAAUGUGUAGAAGCAGACCCAAUCGAAGUGCCCCAAUUGACUGAGUGCAUCCUGGAUAAUCUGGAACUAUAUGUUCCGGGGAUUCGCAGCGAGGCAACUUCAACUGAUUUAGAAGACCAAGAUCGGGGGUAUAAUAAAUUAAUCAACAAAAAGGAACUUCCUUGGCUGUGGGACUUGGACGAAGACGUAGUCCGCAAGAAGCAACGCACAGGUGAUUGGAACUGGGAGCUUUUGGUUGACAAGCUAUCCGGGACUGACAUCUAUCGUCCUGAGGAUGAGACGCUGCGCCUUCCUCUAGGUCUUCGCAAUCGACGGAGGAUCUGGAAAUGUAUAGAAGACGCAAGACUAGGCGAUAUUCAGAGGCAGAUAGGUCCUCCUCUUCUUGGCUUUGCAGUACCAAUGGAAGGGAACCUUUGGGAUGGCUAUACACCAAAGAGCCAACAACCAACUCUAUGA